AAAGACAUGUACUUGAAUGUGGGCUCUGAAACCUAUGGCACAGUACUUUAAAAGCCUGUUUGUGUUUUGUCUGUGUCUUUAAAGGGCUUCCGUAUUGUCUCGGGCUCCCCUGGAAAUGCAGUAAGGAUUCGUAUCACAUCUCUGUUGCCAUAGCAACAGCAGUCUUUCCCAUAAUGAGCUGCAUCAUCUGAACUGAUGUCACAGCAUCAUGCAGCAGGUCACACAAGGCACCUCCUAGUAUUGCAUCUUACAGAUGUGCCGUAAACAUCAAAAGAGGAUGAUUUGAACAGGACAUGCUAUUUUGGAAAGAAUUAUGGUUUAGACUUUCUCAUGUUAGCCAUGGAUGUAGCACUUUCUCCCAUGAGAACACAAGAACUGGAUCCCGUGCUGUCUGAUGCAUCUCCCAUGCUUAUAAACAUGACUCCUACAGCAGAACAAGAUGGGGAAGAGGGUGUCAUGAAGGAGCUCGAUUCUGGCCAGCAGUAUGAGAAGCCUCCUCCUCUACACACUGGGGCCGAUUGGAAGAUUGUUCUCCACUUGCCAGAAAUUGAGACCUGGCUUCGGAUGACAUCUGAAAGAGUCAGAGAUCUGACCUACUCUGUCCAGCAGGACUCAGAUAGCAAGCAUGUGGAUGUGCAUCUAGUACAGCUCAAGGAUAUUUGUGAAGAUAUAUCUGAUCAUGUUGAACAAAUUCAUGCUCUACUAGAGACUGAGUUUUCCCUGAAGCUUCUCUCUUACUCUGUCAAUGUGAUAGUCGAUAUCCAUACAGUACAACUACUCUGGCACCAGCUACGUGUUUCUGUUCUGGUUCUGAGAGAGCGUAUUCUCCAGGGACUACAAGACGCCAAUGGAAACUACACCAGGCAGACUGAUAUUCUACAAGCAUUUUCUGAAGAGACUAAGGAGGACCGUCUUGACUCUUUAACUGAAGUUGAUGAUUCUGGACAGUUAACCAUCAAAUGUUCUCAAAAUUACUUGUCACUGGAUUGUGGUAUUACUGCAUUUGAACUAUCUGACUACAGUCCUAGUGAGGAUUUGCUUGGUGCUCUGGAUGAUAUGACCUCUGGCCAAGGGAAAGCAAAAUCAUUUGAAUCCUGGAACUACAGUGAGAUGGAUAAGGACUUUCCAGGACUUAUUAGAAGUGUGGGUUUACUUGCAGUAGCAACUGAUUCCAUCGCUUCCCAGUGUAAUGAAGCAUUACAUGAGAAAGAAACCCAUGUACCUUUUCCAGUGGAAGAUGGAGAAGAAAGCAAAGACAGGAAAGCACUGCAUGAGCACUCGCUAGUAUCUCCUUCUGUGAACUCCUCUCUUCCUAAAGGACCAUCUGAAGAUGGUGUUUUACCUACUGACAGCAAACCAGCUUCCACAGUAAAGAAAGCAGAAUCCAAUCUUCCACAGCACACCAGGGAAAAAAUCAACCAUUCUCAAUGUGAAAACUCAACUCCUAAGAGGUCCAUCAGAGACUGCUUUAACUAUAAUGAAGACUCCCCUACACAGCCUACAUUGCCAAAAAGAGGUCUAUUUUUGAAAGAUGAUGUGCUUAAAGAUUAUAUGGAAGCCAAUGAUUUUAAAAGGCAAAUCUCUCAGAUAGUUAAAAAUGAAAUGAGUAGAAGUACACCCUCAUUGUUAGAUCCACCAGACAGGUCCAAGCUUUGCCUAGCUUUACAGUCACCCUACACUAACAGUCCAUCUGCAGUUAGUCAGUCAUAUGAUUGCUUAAAUACAAUAGGUGACAGAAAUCUUGAGUACACAAUAAAUAAUCACUUUAAGGGCAGUCCCAUAAGUCUAGGAAAGUCUGCUUUCUAUAACAGUAAAGAAAAAUCAAAACACAAGAAGCCUCAUGAUGCUCCAGAGAAAGUGAAAGCUGGCAGAGCACCUGGAGGUCCAUCAAUACAAGUCAAAAAAAGAGGACGUUCUUCUCUACAGAAUGGAAUUUCUUCUCAUAACUCUCAGUCUCUGGAGGAGACGGAAACAGAUUCUCCUGCAUCAUUAGAUUCUUGUAACCAGGGAGACCCAAAUGGGCAAUCACAAGGUAAAAAUGAGUCUUUCAGUUCACCAACACGUAGCCAGAAGAGUGCUUCCUCAGCUGGUUCUGAGCUUAACAACUCAUCACCUCUUCCACUGAGAAGAAAGAAUAAUAAAAGCUUCUCAACCCCAAGCUACACUCAAAAAAACAGUAAAGAUGGUGAGGUCUGGUAUGGAUCUGAUGAAUAUUUAGCACUUCCUUCACAUCUCAAACAGACUGAAGUAUUAGCUUUAAAACUAGAAAAUCUGACAAAGUUGCUGCCCCAAAAGCCCAGAAGAGAAACAAUUCAAAACAUUGAUGACUGGGAGCUGUCAGAAAUGAACUCUGAUUCAGAAAUGUAUCCAACAUACCAGACCAAAAAGCACAAAAAGAUGGGUAGAAUUUCACCAAGCUCUUCCAGUGAUAUAGUAUCCUCUUUAGGUGACAGUAUUGAAUCUGGGCCUCUCAGUGAUAUUCUCUCUGAUGAAGAACUUUGUAUGCCUGUAUCUUGCGUUAAAAAAUACAUUGAAAAAAAGUCAGAAAGGACUGCUGUCACUCAGUCCACUGAGAAUGAGACUUCUGCCUCAAAUAAAUCAGCUUUAAUUCAUCAACUGAUGCAAGAUAUACAACAUCAAGAGAAUUAUGAAACCGUAUGGGAGAAAAUUGAGGGGUUUGUAAGCAAGCUGGAUGAAUUCAUUCACUGGUUAAAUGAAGCCAUGGAAACAACAGAGAAUUGGACUCCUCCUAAAGCAGAGACAGACAGCCUUAAACUGUACCUGGAGACGCACUUGAGUUUUAAGUUGAAUGUAGAUAGCCACUGUGCUUUAAAAGAAGCAGUGGUAGAAGAGGGACGUCAACUUCUUGAGCUUAUUGUAUCUCACAAAUCAGAAGGACUGAAGGACAUGCUGCAGAUGAUUGCAAGUCAAUGGAAGGAACUACAGAGGCAAAUCAAACGGCAACACAGCUGGAUUCUUAGGGCUCUGGAUAUCAUCAAAGCAGAGAUACUGGCUACUGAUGUGUCUGUAGAGAAUGAGGAAGGGACUGGGAGCCCUAAGGCUGAGGUUCAGCUAUGCUAUCUGGAAGCACAAAGAGAUGCUGUUGAACAGAUGUCCUUAAAGCUGUACAGUGAGCAGUACAACAGUAGUAGCAAGCGAAAGGAAGAGUUUGCUGAUAUGUCAAAAGUUCACACAGUGGGAAGUAAUGGACUUCUGGACUUUGAUUCAGAAUACCAGGAGCUCUGGGAUUGGCUGAUUGACAUGGAAUCCAUCGUGAUGGACAGCCAUGACCUGAUGAUGUCAGAGGAGCAGCAGCAGCAUCUUUACAAGAGAUACAAUGUAGAAAUGUCAAUCAGGCAUCCGAAAAAGAUGGAACUGCUUAGUAAGGUUGAAGCUCUGAAGAAAAGUGGUGUUUUACUACCAAAUGAUCUCCUUGAAAAAGUGGAUUCAAUUAAUGAAAAAUGGGAACUGCUUGGGAAAACCCUAGGAGAGAAGAUCCAAGACACAAUGGUAGGGCACAGUGGGUUAGGUCCACGUGACCUGCUCUCGCCUGAAAGCGGCAGCCUGGUAAGGCAGCUGGAGGUCAGGAUCAAAGAGCUGAAAGGGUGGCUGAGAGAUACAGAGCUUUUCAUCUUCAAUUCCUGUCUGAGACAAGAAAAUGAAGGAACAAUGAAUGCUGAGAAACAACUGCAAUAUUUUAAGUCUCUAUGCUGUGAGAUCAAACAGAGACGUCGUGGGGUAGCCUCUGUGUUGCGAUUAUGCCAGCACCUCCUGGAUGACCAGGAGACCUGCAACCUAAAUGCAGAUCACCAGUCUAUGCAGCUGAUAAUCGUAAACCUGGAGAGAAGAUGGGAAGCCAUUGUCAUGCAAGCUGUCCAGUGGCAAACAAGGUUACAGAAGAGAUUGGAAGAAGACUCGGAGCCUCUGAAUGUUAUCGAACCCAGUUUGAUGGAUCUAAAUGGUCCAAGUGAAGAUGCACUGGAAUGGGAUGAAACUGAUAUAAGUAAUAAGCUGAUCAGUAUUCAUGAAGACUUAAUUGAUCCUGAUCAGGAACUCAAGAAAGACGAUCUAAGUCAGAAACCUGCUUCAGGAGAACGUGGCGAUAACGAUGUGAAUGAAGACGAAAGUAUCAGUGAUAGUGGAAGUCCUCUUUAUUGUCCCAGCAUUUCUUCCCCUCCAAAUCCUCACAUCUAUCAGGUCUAUAGUCUUCAUAAUAUUGAAUUAUCAGAAAAAAAACACAUGCCUUUUUUGAAAAAAACAUCCAAACUCUCCAAUGUAACGCAGUCUAACAUGUUAAACAAAAGUCUUAGUAAAGACUCGUCAUUUUCAUCUACCAAAUCUCUGCCAGACCUAAUAGGGGGAAACACGAUGGCAAAACCAUAUAACUAUAUGUAUCAGAGUGGAAACAUAAGCAGGCAUUCUGAGAGUGAGAGUGGAAUAGUGAGUGAAUGCGAUACAGAAACUACAAAUAAUUCCGAAAUUUUUUUGCUAAAUGAUAUUGAAAGCACUCAAAGUAAUCCUGAAAUUGGGCAUGCAGAAACUCAAGUGGAUGAUGUAGUUGAUGUAAUAAAACAAAAAAUUAAGCAAGAUGAAGAUGACCGUGCUAGUCUCUCAGAUGGUUUCCAGUUGGCACCUUCUGCAUGUUGUGGAAGUGAAAAUGGUGAGGAUUUGGGCAGUAUUACCACAUGUAACCCUGUUUGUCUAGAAGAAUUGCAAGGAAAACAUGACGUGUUUACAUUUUAUGAUUACUCUUAUCUUCAAGGCUCCAAAUUCAAAUUACCACUGAUAAUGAAACAAUCACAAAUUGAAAAACCACAUACAGAGGGCAAUUUGUUUCAUAGCUUUUGUUUUGAUAAAAUACCUGGUAAAUCUGAACAUAAGCCUGGAGAGUCACAACCAGAUGGGUUUAUUCAUGACCAUACUCUGGCAAGUAUCACUGGAGAAUCAGAUCCCAGUUCCUGUAAGUCUGCAGAAGCUGUAAGAAAAUUAACUGUUACAGAGAAUACAGGACAGAUUUCAACUUUAUCUCGUAGUUCUUCAUUAGAAUCUCUGUCUGUAGUAGGUGAUCUGUUCAGCUCAGGUAUUUUUAAAAGUGGGGACGGUCUUCAGCGAAGCACCUCUUUGGAGAGCUGGCUGACUUCCUACAAAAGCAACGAAGAUCUUUUUAGUCAUCACGGCUCAGGAGACAUAAGUGCAAGCAGUGAUUCUGUUGGAGAGCUCAGCAAAAGGACAUUAGAUCUUUUGAAUCGCUUAGAGAAUAUCCAGAGUCCUUUAGAUCAAAAGAUAAAGCGCAGCAUCUCUGAUAUAACACUCCAAAGUAGCUCUCAGAAAAUGUCUUUUACUGGACAGAUGUCUCUAGAUAUUGCAUCCUCAAUAAAUGAAGACUCAGCAGCUUCUCUCACUGAACUCAGCAGCAGUGAGGAUCUUUCUCUCUGCUCUGAAGACAUUGUACUGCACAGAAAUAAAAUACCAGAUUCAAAUGCAUCAUUUAGAAAACGUCUUAAUAGGUCUGUAGCUGAUGAGAGUGAUGUCAAUGUCAGCAUGAUUGUUAAUGUCUCUUGCACUUCUGCUUGUACUGAUGAUGAAGAUGACAGUGAUUUGCUCUCAAGUUCCACCCUUACCUUAACUGAGGAAGAGCUAGGUAUCAAAGAUGAAGAUGAUGACUCCAGUAUAGCAACUGAUGAGGAUAUUUAUGAAGAAUGCAACUUAAUUUCAGGACUUGAUUAUAUAAAAAAUGAACUCCAAACUUGGAUUAGACCAAAAUUUUCUUUGACAAGGGAGAAGAGAAAAAGUAACCUCAGUGAUGAAAUUCAGCGGAGUAAAGAAGUUAGUAAUGAGACAUCAAAAGCCACAGAUACAUUAAGCAUUGAAACACUAUUGAAUGGUUCAGUACAGAAAAUACCAGAAAAUAAUGGCAAUAGUAAGAAUGUACCACGUGAUUGUGAAAAGGGGACAAAGAGUCACCUGAUGAAAGGUAUCUCCCAGGCUGCCAAGGAUCAGCUUGUGGAUGAUAUGGAGAAUGGCAAUGUUGAAAAUACUCUUGAGAGUCAAAAGGAAAGUCUUGUUAGAACGUCAGCAGCUCCCAAAACUCAUGCAUCACCUGAUGUCAGAGAAGCUGAAAAUGAGUGUUUUGUCUGUGAAGCAUUUACAGACAGUUCAGAUGAUUCACAUAUGGAUGGCAAGGAAACUGUUCUGUCAUCAGAUGGAUCCAGAAACAUUCCAAAAGAAUGUCAAAGUCUUCAGCCUGAUUGUCACUCUGUUGCUUACUCUCCUGCUAAAAAGCCUUGUCUUGACUCUUGCUCAGAAAUGAAUUGUGUAGACAUACAAGAAACAGCUUUACAAACAUCCUUACCUAAUGGUCAACAGCACAGCAUAAGCAUUACUGAAAAAUCUACUGAUCGCUGUACAGCCUUGAAAUCCAAUGAAGCAGAAUGUGACUCCUCAGACAAUGGUCUUGAUUCAUGCUGUAACUGUGACUCUGCUGCCUUUGAUAAAAGAAACAUGGAAGAUGGCUCAGUACACAAUUUUGUGAGAGAGAUAAUAGACAUGGCAUCAACAGCUUUGAAAAGUAAGUCACAACCUGAAUGUGAGUCAUCAGCUCCAGCUUCGUUAGCACAGAUCAAGGAAAAAGUGUUAGAACACUCUCACAGACCCAUUCAGCUAAGAAAAGGGGACUUCUAUUCUUAUCUUUCACUUUCUUCUCAUGAUAGUGACUGUGGAGAAGUAAUCAAGUACAUAGAGGAAAAGAGCAGCACUCCUGUGCCACUGGACUUCACAGAUGAGAGAGAAAAUAUCGAAUGCUUUUUUGAAGCCUGUCCUGAAGAAGAACGAGUUGAGCAGCAGCAAUCCAUUUCUAAUGGCACUCCUGAAGCACGAGCUGAGCAGCAGCAACCUCUUUCUAAUGCUGUUUCUGAAACACCUCCAGAGUCACUAGACAAAGUGACUCGAGAGUCAUUAGAAGUUAAAACUUCAUCUGAAAGCAGGGAUUUAUCAUUCUUAUGUGAUGAUGCCAAUGAUAUAAACGUCCCCAAUCCUAACAAACAAAGUGUAUCAAACAAUUUGAAAGAUGGUGAUUUGCUGAUUUCAGACAGGCAAACUGAAUAUUUGGAAAAGAAUUCUCCAGAGCUUAGCACUAACAAUAGUAGUAAAGGAAAAUCACCUGGAGCUGAAGAGCCCAAAGGAUGUGUUGCUGCUUCUGAGGAGGCUUCAGCUAUGGAGUUUCAGUUAAAGCCUGGCCAUUCACAGGAAAAGGAUGUUUUGCAUCAGAACAGUAAAACUCUUACUUGUGAAGAAAAUCUCCUGAAUCUUCAUAAGGAAAGACAUAUAAAUAUGCACAGAUAGAAUGUAACUCUCUCCAGGCACGUACAUUAUCCUAAAACCAGAAACUUGGCUGCAAUUCAGGUGCAGGUUCAUCCUGUAAACCCUAGAAUGACCUCCAAUUCCAUUGUAUCACUGCCUUUCAUUACACUGACUCCCAAGAUAAAUUUUCUUUCCAAAUGUGAUUUGUCCAUGUUGGCUUUGUGAUCAGGCUGCAUAUGCUAGUCCUAUUUUGGUGAUCAUAAUGUAUUGUAGCAAGGCCAUUUGCUUCCAUAUGGGUUCCUCUCCCAAGCUACCUCUAAUGACCUCCCCUUCCUAAAUCGGAUGCUUCUGUACUACUUAUCACUAGUUCUGUUCUUUAAAGUUUUGAAGUUCCACAGAAUUCAUGAUCAGUUUGUUUCAACUUUUCAGAACUGUACCUAUCAGUACUCUUUUAUUUUAUGUAUCAAAUUUAAUAUUUAUGUGUAUAAUGCAUAAGUUUAUUGAAACUAUUUUACUUUAAAAGUGACAAUUUUGUUGGAUUGCAGCGAAAAGAAGUCAUUAGCCCUCCUGAUACAAUACGUCUAAAAAUUAAGCAAUUAAAAUAAAUGGUGGUUUAUUUAUUUAAUUUUAAAAUUUAAUCUAUGCAACACUUCAAGAAACAACUACAUGGUGUUGUAUAUUAGGAACUGUUGACAUUCUACUGAAUUAAGUACAACAUUUUGGUUUUUUAUGCUUCUUGAGGUGGUAAUGAGAAAAAAAGUUUUUAAAAAAUGUGUGCCUUGCUGUAUUUCUUAUACCAUUUAUUAAAAAGCUGCUUUCACAGUAAAAUUAUGUUGGUUUGAAAGAAGGAAAUAGCAAGGUUAAGAUGUGUGAAUAAUUUCUGUAUAUAUGUAUAACCAAGUGCAAACAUUGAUGUAUAAUGACAGUAUAAAAUGCUUUCAUGUUUGUGAUGUCCAGUGAUGUGGAAAAUAUAAGCCUUAAAACCAUUAGAUUGCAUGGUAAUUAGAAUUGGCACAAUAAACAUAGUUUAUU